AUGUUAAAGCUUUUUAAAAAAAUUGGGAGAAAGAAAGAUGCCAAAAUAGAGGAUUUUUACGAACUUGGCCCUGAAAUAGGAAGAGGUGCAUUUUCAAUAGUUAAACAAGGUACACAUAAAGAAACAAAUGAACAAGUUGCAAUUAAAGCAAUUUCGAAACAACAUGUAAGUGAAGCAGAUAUGAAAAGAUUUACAAGAGAAAUUGAAAUUAUGAAAAAGUUAAAGCAUAAAAAUAUAAUACAGUUAAUCGAUGUUUUUGAUUCAAAUGAUUACCUUUAUUUAGUUUUAGAAUUAAUUAGAGGAGGUGAAUUAUUUGAUAAAAUUGUAGAAAAAGGUCAAUAUUCAGAAAAAGAUGCAUGUAAUUUAGUCAGACAAAUCGUAUCAGCUGUAGAAUAUAUGCAUCAACAUGGCGUUUGUCAUCGUGACUUAAAACCAGAGAAUCUUUUAUGUUCAGCCGACGAUGAAAAAGAAGAAAUUGUAAGAAUAGCAGAUUUUGGUUUAUCUAAAAUAUUUGAAGGAGGCGAAGAAUUAAAAACAGCAUGUGGUACCCCAGAUUAUGUUGCUCCAGAAAUUUUAGAAUGCAAACCAUAUGAUACAUCAGUUGAUAUGUGGAGUAUAGGUGUUAUUACAUAUAUAUUGUUAUGCGGUUUUGCACCAUUUUUUGCAGAUACACAUCACGAAUUAUUCCAAAAAAUUUUAGCAUUAGAAUACGAUUUCCCAGAACCAGAAUGGUCAGGUAUUACGGAUUUAGCAAAAGAUUUCAUUUCACAAUUAUUAAUUAUAAACCCAGCCGAAAGAUGGACUGCAUCUCAAUGUAUGCAACAUCCUUGGUUAGCCGAAAACCAUAGUGAUAAAGCAUUAAAAUCAUUGGACUCUGCAAUUUCAUCUAUGAAAGAUUACGUAAGAAAUAGAGAAGCCUCAACAUCCAAUAUAAUAUUAAAAAUGAGACCAUCCCAAUCAACCCCCAAUCUCCACUCUCAUAAAAAUCAAACCUGA